GAUCCACAGAGUUUGUUUGGCAAUGGAGACUUCCACAUCAAGAGCCUCCGAGAAAAAAGACAAGAUGGACGGGAGCGGCUUCCCCGACCUCCCAAAGAAACCCUCAGAGACGAGAGCCCCCCACCACAUCUUCCCCACCUUCCACACACCGAUCCCGAUUGACAUGCGCCAUCACGAGGGACGAUACCACUACGAGCCUCAUGCGCUGCACGCCAUGCACGGCUCUGCAGGUUUUGCCGGCAGCCCCAUCCUCUCCGAUAUCUCACUGAUCCGCCUUUCACCUGCCGCAGUGGCUACCGGCGACUCCCCCUUCAGCCCACCUCACCCGUAUGUCAACCCCCACAUGGAGCACUACUUGCGCUCUGUGCAUGGCAGCCCCACCCUCUCCAUGAUCUCGGCAGCCAGAGGACUCAGCCCUGCCGACUUGGCCCAUGAGCAUUUAAAAGAACGUGGGCUGUUCGGGCUCCCUCCUCCUCCCGGUGCGAGCCCGGCAGAGUAUUACCACCUCAUGGCCAGCCACCGGAGCCCCUACGGAGAGCUGCUCAUGCAGGGGGCAGGGGCUGCCGCCGGGGCCCACCUGUCCGACUACAUCACCCCCAUCGACGUGUCGCGGUUCUCCAGCCCCAGACUGACGCCCAGGCUGAGCAGGAAGAGGGCUCUGUCCAUCUCGCCGCUGUCGGACGCCAGCAUCGACCUCCAGACCAUGAUCCGCACCUCGCCCAACUCGCUUGUCGCCUACAUCAACAACUCGCGCUCCAGCUCGGCUGCCAGCAGCUCCUACGGCCACCUGUCAGUCGGAGGACUCAGCCCAUCCUUCCCGUUCCCUCAUCCCAUCAACCCCAUGGCCUACCAGCAGCUCCUCUCGCAGCAGCGGGGGCUCAGCGCCUUUGGACACACUCCACCUCUCAUCCAGCCUCCGCCCUCCUACUCCAGCCGCCAGCCGGGCCUCGGCCUCUCCUCCCUGCCCGCCUCCGCCCACAACAGCGACCUGCCGUCCAAGAACCACAGCGGCGACUCGGCCGUCAGCAGCACAAUCGACCCCAUGAUCACCAAAAGGUCAAAGGUCAAGACUGAAGCAGAGGGGUUGAGGCCAAUGUCUCCUUGCUCACCGAACCAUCACGGCAGCUUGUUGGACUUGAAGGACGACAUGGAUCGGGACGAUUGUAAGCAGGAGCCCGAGGCCGUCUACGAAACCAACUGCCACUGGGAGGGCUGCAGCAAGGAGUACGACACCCAGGACCAGCUGGUCCAUCACAUCAAUAAUGACCACAUCCACGGAGAGAAGAAGGAGUUUGUGUGCCGCUGGGAGGACUGUUCGCGGGAGCAAAAGCCCUUCAAAGCUCAGUACAUGCUGGUGGUUCACAUGCGCCGACACACGGGGGAGAAACCACACAAGUGCACGUUCGAGGGCUGUGCUAAGGCCUACUCUCGUCUCGAAAACCUCAAAACCCAUCUGCGCUCGCACACGGGAGAGAAACCGUACGUCUGUGAGCACGAAGGAUGCAACAAAGCCUUCUCCAACGCCUCGGACCGAGCCAAGCACCAGAACCGGACACACUCCAACGAGAAACCCUAUGUAUGUAAGAUCCCUGGCUGUACCAAGCGCUACACAGACCCCAGCUCCCUCAGGAAGCAUGUGAAGACGGUCCACGGCCCAGAGGCCCACGUCACCAAAAAGCAGCGCAGUGACCUGCCGCCGAGGCCGCCGGCGCCCAGGGAGAACGGCGAGAACGAGGCGGGCACCAUAGACAGAAUCCAGAGGGAAGACAAGAUGUCAGACAACAGCUCCCCCAGAGGGGUGGAUGACUACCUGCACGUCAAAUCCAUCAAGACGGAAAACUCUGUGAUGUAUCAGUCCAGCCCUGGCGGUCAGUCAUCAUGUAGCAGCGAACCAUCACCACUUGGCAGUGCCACCAACAAUGACAGUGGAGUAGAAAUGGCGGCGCACAGCGGGGAAAGCCUGGGGGACCUCAGCACCUUGGACGACCUGCCCUUUGUGGAGUCCUUGGGCUGUGAAGAUUCGACCGGCGGGGUCGCGGUGGUGGGUCUCCACUUCCGAAAGCAGUUUGGCACCAGUCGGCGCAUGGAGCAUUUGAAGAAGGAGAAGCUGAAGACAGUGAGGGACUCGUGUCAAUGGGCCAGCAACCCAACUCCCCUGGUCCUCGGCACCAAGCUCCCACCCAUACCAGCAGGCGGGUCCCUCCUGGAGAGUCCAAGUAUGGGUGGUGGUCUGGUGUCCUUCCCUGGUUCCAGCUUUGGUGAUCUGAGCUCUGGUAAAAUGACUCUGCUGGAAAAGCUUUCAGAGCGCCGUGACAGCACCUCCAGCACCCUGAGCUCAGUUUACACCCUCAGCCGCCGGUCCUCCGGCAUCUCCCCUUGCUACUCUAGCCGGCGCUCAAGCCAGGCCUCGCAGUCUGGUGCCAACCGCCCCAGCAACCUUAGCUCGGCCGACUCCUACGACCCCAUCUCUGCUGACAUGUCCCGGCGCUCCAGUCAGGCCAGCCAGUGUGGGGGAGGCAGCGGAGGAACAGGAGGGUACGGAAGGGGCCUAUCCAGCCCUCUCAGCCUGACCCCAGCGCAGCACUACCACCUCAAGGCGAAAUACGCUGCCGCCACUGGAGGAGCACCGCCUACACCUCUUCCACACAUAGACCGAAUGUGUCUGAGGGAACACACAGCACUGUAUGGGGACUCCUCCACCACCAACAAAGGCCUGCCUUCCAGGCAGUACAGCAGCUACACCAUGCGGAGCAUGAUGCCCCAUGAUGUCCCAUCUAACAUCCCCCGCCGAGCAAGUGACCCCGUGAGACGCGUAGCUAUAGAUUAUUCCAGCCAGCCACAAAUGCAGCGCUACAAGAGCAUGGGCACACUGAGUGGAGGGCAGCCCCAUCCGCUUCCUGCAGCACAUAGCCGACUUUUAUCACAGCAAGGGUGCCUACGACCGGAUGAUAGUCCCCACCUCUACCCUUACAGCCUGCGACCACCCAGCAUUUCGGAGAACGUCACGAUGGGGAUAAUACCGAGUGACAUCCCUGAAGAAGACCUGAUGCUGCCUGACCUCAGAGACCCAACCAACAGAGUGUCACAAAAUCAACAAGAUUUCCAAGGAGACCCCAAUCUCCAGCAGCAGUCGUACUAUCAGAGAAGGACGGCCAUCGUGAAUGCCAACAUGAAUCAGGUUUUGUCCACUUCCAGCAUGAGUCCAGGGCAGCAACAUCAGAUGUGUCCAUCUGCACCAAGGGACAGUAAGGCCAACUUACUUGCUCAGUGGAACAAAGUCUCUUUGGGACACAUGGAUGCCAGCCAGCAGUGCUCCAAACUCCAGGUCCGAGGGAACCUGGCUGUCCUCCAACAAAACCAGAACUUUGGAUCUUUUCACAACAAUCUCAGCUCCAACCAGCAGAUGGUUCAAAACCUUGUUAACACAAUGCAGCAAAGAUGCAAACAGCUGAAUACUGAACCAGGAGCAAACUGCUUCCAGCAGCAAAGAUUCCAGCAGUCAUCAAAUCUCAAUGAAGCACUUAGCUCUCAGUGCAGGUUCAACAAAGGCUUUAGUCCUUGUGAUAAGAACGGUAACACCACUUAUCCACCGUGUAACAACACAAGAGCAGUCAAUGGGAGCAUGCUAAUUCCCACAUGCAAACAGGAGCCAGUUGACAUGGAAACUGUUGACAUGCACUUUGCUGAUGCUGGAUUUCAGCCUGUGCAAGUUAAAGUUGAGGACUGUGAUAAAACAAUCAUGAUGUCAGAUCAGCAGAACUGUCACAUGACCCUCCAAAAUCCCUUGCAAACUGUGAAUCACAGCCAUUUCCAACCAAUGCCACCAACAGAGCCUAAAUCUCGAAACAAGCAUCUUUCAGGGCCAAAAGUGACAAACCAAACAAGGCACCCAAGUAUUGCUAACGUGGAUGUUGCUUCCACGUUACCCAGUGGUGGAGGUUUAGGACUUCAUUGCAGCAACAACUCUGAUGACAAUGCCUUGUACUACACAGGGCAGAUUCAAGUAUUUUGUGUUUCUCCUGCGGUGAAUGUACCUCCUUCUGAAAACAACGCAGUGUCUCCCAGUCCAGGCAACACGCAGGCAUCCAGGACCGUAAACUGUAAUGCAGCACUGGAGCAGGCGCAGAUAGACUUUGAUAGCAUGCUGGACGAUGGGGAUCACUCCAGCCUCAUGUCGGGAACCCUGAGUCCAGGUCUGCUCCAGAGCUUGUCCCAGAGCUCCUCUCGCCUGACAACACCAAGGAACUCGGUGACGUUGCCCUCGGUGCCGGCAGGGACGGGGAACAUGGCCAUCGGGGACAUGAGCUCGUUGCUGACUGCUCUGGCAGAAGAAAGCAAGUUCCUCAACUCGAUGUCGUAACAAACUAUUUCCCCCCGGCUGAACUUUUGAACUCCUGAUGCACAAUAGACAUUCAAAACUUAGAAUUGAUGUAAUUGUGUGCCAAAAAGCCUCUGCAGUGUGCGACGCUUGUUUUCUUGUACAGUCUCAAUUGUUAUUUAAAAAUGGUAAUUUUCUAUCUUUUUGAAAAGCCAUAUUUCUUUUUUUUUGCUGCCAUAGGUAGUAAAUAUGAUGUGAACAACAGAAAUCUUCCAGUUGUUGUACAGGUCUGCAGUAAGAUCAGUUUACUAAGUGCCUGGCUCAGCCAAAACAUAUGCAUAUUGUGCAUAUGAUUACAUUUAAAAUGUGUAAAAUGCAACUAGGAAAUUAUCCGAUACCUGCAUAUUUGGAAUGUACCAUCACCAACAACCUCGUUUUACACUGUAAAUUAUUCGAGCUGAACUUUAUUCUACAUCAAGUUUCAGCUCGAUGAGCUCGAGUUUCUUUUCCGCAUUACAGCAUUUCAGGUUUACAGUCAUUGUCCUCAGUUAGCCAUUAUUUGAUUGCUGCAUUGCUGCUGAGAUUAACUGUGACCUCUCUGUGUCGGGCAUCAGAGACUUGAUUUGUGACUGAAUUAUUAUGAACCCACGCAUAAAUCGUUUGUGCUCUCGCAGCAAGAAUCAAGCUUUUUUCCUUUUGUACAUUGUCGUACCAGUUUGUUGAGCUGGUUAAAUGUAAAUAUCAUUUGUACAUUUUUAAGAAAUACAAU